GAGGGGUAGGAAAAAUAUACAGCUCCUGCUAGGUAAAAAGAUCAUUACUGGAUAAGAAGUGUAUUUCAUGGCUCGCUAACGAGCCAGUCCUCUCUGUUGUACGUGGAGCUAACAGCUGAACAGGUAAAUAUAUAAUUAUAAUGGAGCAGGCCCAAAGGGACAGGCUUUCAGAGCUGGUGGAGGAGCUGACCACAUCAGGCCAACCAGAACUCAACCAGGACAAGAUGAAGGAAAUAAAGAAGAUCUGCAAAGUAUCUACUGACUGCCUAGACCAUAUCUACCACUCAGUGAUGUCCCAGCUCAACCAGGACCAUGCUGAGAUCAGACUGUCAGCCUUCCAGAUAGCCAGGGAGCUUUUCUCCAGAUCCCAUCACUUCAGAAACCUACUGGUGGACAACUUCCAGGAGUUCUUGGAGUUGACGGUGGAGACAGACUUGGAGCAGCCCCUUCCUCCCCCUAAAGAGGUAGCCAAGAAGCUCAAAGUGUCAGCCAUUCAGACUGUCCAGUCAUGGCAGGCCUCCUAUGGAUCAGCCUAUAAGAAGCUUGCGCUGGGCUACCACUUUCUUAAACAGGUCAAGAAGGUGGACUUCCAGGAUGUUGAAGCCAGGUCAGUAGCAGAAAGGAGGAGGGAGGAGGAGAGGCAGAGGAGAAUGGAUAGGAUCUACAGGGAGAGAGUGGAGGCAGCCACCAGAGACAUGGAGGAGUCCACCCAGGAAAUUCAGGCGACGCUGACAGAAAUGAAAUCAUGCCUGAACCUGCUACUUCCGGAUGAGUUUGACCUCUCAGAUCCCUGGACAGCCAAUCACAGCCUUCAGAACUCUGCACCAACCAACCAGUGUGUAGCAGAGGAUGAACAGCCCUGCUGCAGCAAAGACCUAAGGGAGGAGAGGGAAUGCAGGGGGAAGAAGAGCAACAGUGUGGAGGAGAAGAAAGGAAAAGAUGAGAGGGAGGAGAGAGGAAAGAAGAAGAAAAAGAAGAAGAGUGGUGUAGAGGAGAGAGAGGAGAGGAAGGGGAAAGAUCCAGAGAACAGUCAAAAGGGAAACAAGGCUGCAAAGGAGGGAGAGGAGGAGGAGGAGGAGCAGGAGGAAGGUAUGAGGAAGAAGACAGAUAGGACGGUUACAGAAGAGGAGAGGAAUGAGGUAGGGAAGGAAGAGAAGAAGGAAGAGGGGCAGGAAGUGCUACGGGAGGGAGAGAUGGAGGAAGAAAUGGAGGAUGAAGAGCAAGGGGGUUUAAGGUGUACUGAAGGACAAGGGGAGGACGGCCUUGAUGAAGACUCCUUUAUUCGUAACUCUGGGCUGAUAUCUCAUUCAUACAGCCUGGACAUCAGCGUUGAUCCUGAUGUCCAUGUUAAAGAGACCGAGGAUAAUGAAGCAGUCAUUUCCACAAUACUAGACCUCGAUAGACUGAUAACAACUAAACACCUGCCAGCUGUACAGAGCUGGGUUCAGGUCUUCACCAAGUCAGACCAGCAGCAGUUGUUAAGGAGAGCACUGGAUCUGAAGAAGUCUUUAGAAGCUGCUCUGCAGAAAUGCAAAGAGCUUCACAUUGACUGCAAGACCAGGGUCCGCAGAGUGAUGAAGGCUUAUGCAGAUGAAGAGCCUGACAAUGACGAUGACGAUGAUUUUGAGGAGGUUCCAGAGAAAGAGGGAUUUGAGCCGCUUAUUCCAGAUCAUCUGCGUGAGGAGUAUGGUUUGGAACCCUCUUCUUCCACAUCUGUUGCACUUACUGAUAAGAAGCCUCCAUCCAAGAGACCUGUAGCCCCUGCUCCUCAGUCAUCCUCAUCAUCCUCCUCCAGGCGGCUGAAACGGCUUAUAGAAGAGGAGCAGGAUCCGACCUCUGCAGCUGCCACACUGCACCUCCUCAAACAGCGCCUUUGUCAGCCCACAACCUCCAGCGCCACCUCCCCCUCUCAGCAGCCCUGCCUCGGGCCCAGUACUUCGACGGUUUCUGGUCCCAGUACGUCUGUUUCCAGUUCAGACAAGAGAGCUCUGGAAGCCCCAGUCGUUCCGUUUGGUUUGGACCUGUACUACUGGGGCCAAGAUCAGCCCAGUGCUGGCAAGAUCAUCAAGUCGGCAUCUCAGCAUCAGUUCUGGGUUCCCUGUGAGAUGGAGGAAGAAGUGGAAAAUGAAGAGUUGUCAGCAGAGGGCAGGAGCAGAUACAUCUCAUUUCCAGGAACCUUCACUCCUGUCAGCCAUUACUGCAGAGCACCUCUAGCCAAUGGAACACUGUGUCAGAGACAGGACAGGGUCAAGUGUCCUUUCCAUGGACCAAUCAUUCCUCGCGACCAGGAAGGUCGACCCAGUAGGCAGGAGGACCGACUGAGGGAGGAGAAGGAGAAGAGAAGGAGGAUGGAGGAGCAGCCUGACUGGCGUGAUGUGGAGCUGAUGCGAGAGAUUGAAGCAGCGACAGGAGAAGACCUGGGCUCUAGCAGGCUGACUACAAAAGGAAAAGGGAAGAAGAGAAAGUACCCCAACCUCAGUGAUCUGAAGCAAAACGCCAACACAGCCCGCUCCAGGCUGCAGAGAAAAGUCUUCAGCAAGAGCUCUAUGCGUAGAGUAGCGGAGGCGAUGUCUAAGGCUGACAGGAGGAAACAUGACAAGUUCUCCAAUCAGUUUAACUACUCGCUCAACUGACCUUCAAACAGUUUGUCUCCAGUCUCAGCUGACCUGAAGUAGAGAAAACUAAUCAUGCUAUCAGGAGUCAUCUGUACUCAUACAUCUAUAUGCUCUCACUUGUUUAAACUUGUUUGUACUUGUUAUGUUUCACUUUGACAACUUUAUUUUAACGUAACUGCGUGCGUGUGUGUGUGUGUGUGUGUGUGUGUGUGUGUGUGUGUGUGAGAAUCGUUAAGAUUGUUAUUUAUUGAUGCACAGAUGUAUAAAUCUGGUUGCCAAAUCUGUUGCUGUGAAAAAAAAUGUACAGACAUUUUUUUUUUUUUUUUUACCGUGUGUGUUGAUCUUUUAGAGGAAUGACUGCUUUGUCAUUUCCAAAGCUCUGUACAUGUUGCCUGUCAGUGUUCUACUGAAGGUUAUGAUACAUGUGAUUCACAUUUCUACAUUUAUGUAGCUGACUGAAUGGGACUUUCUAUUGUUUUUCACUGUUUUUUACCCUUUUUGUAUCUUAAUUCAGCCAUAAUAUGCUAUAUCAUUUCAAUAAAGAGUAGUUACUGUAGGUUAAACAGACUUCUACCAGAAGUAAAUUCAUCCUGUGUCACAGCAGUUUCCAAAUUCUCCAAGCUUUUUGUGUGUGUUGUGUGUAUACAACACACACAAAACACCUUUACACAUCUUUACCUUUACACCUUUACAACACACUCUUACACCUGAUCAUUUCAUGCAGUUUGUAUCUAGAUUGUAUCCAGAUAAUAUUUAGGCAUACUGCAUUUUUACUGUAGUGUUUCUUAGUUAUCCGGUUUGAAAUCCUAUUGAAGUGAAAUACAAAUAAUCCUCUUUUUUCACCUCCCUAGAAUAUGGUUGCCAAAUACAAAAUUGUGAGUUUGUAUGGCCUGUGGUUGAAUGUAUUUUCCCAGAGAAAAGAUAAGGUGUGCACAUCCAAAAACCACUUUGGCCAGCUGCUGGAAUCAACAUAAUAGUCCAUAGAAGACGAUAGAGAUCCUGCACACUGUAGCUCCCAUUCAGAAAAAUUUAUUAAGACAAGUGCAUAAAGUGACGUUUCGAGCCAAAAUGCUCUUCCUCAGACUCUAAUGAUACACAAAACCAACAGACAUAUAUAAGG